AUGGUGCAAGAUUCUAUGGAGUGCGCUAAGAAAUGCAAAGCUUGUCAGUAUCAUGCAAACUUCAUCCACCAGCCGCCAGAACCUUUACACCCAACUGUAGUUUCUUGGCCUUUCGAUGCAUGGGGGCUUGAUGCAAUAAGGCCAUUACCAAAGUCAUCUAGUGGCCAUCUAUACAUCUUGGCCGCAACUGAUUACUUCUCAAAAUGGGCGAAAGAUGUGCCUCUUAAGGAAGUGAAGAAAGAAACAGUGGUCAACUUCAUUCAAACUCACUUGAUCUAUCGGUAUGGUGUCCCUCAGUAUAUCAUAACUAAUAAUGGCAAACCAUUCUACAAUAGGCUUAUGACAGAGCUAUGCGAGAAUUUUGAAUUUAAACAAUACAACUCCUCCAUGUAUAAUGCCCCGGCAAAUGGACUAGCUGAAGCAUUUAACAAAACACUUGGCAGUUUGUUGAAGAAGGUGGUAUCCAAGACAAAACGAGAUUGGCAUGAAAGAAUCGGAGAAGCAUUAUGGGCAUAUCGAACAACAUUUCGAACGCCUAUUCAAGCGACACCAUAUUCUCUUGUCUAUGGAGUGGAAGCCGUCCUUCCUUUAGAACACCAGAUCCCAUCAUUACAGAUUGCCAUUCAAGAAGGAUUGACUGGAGAAGAAAAUGCCAAGCUCAAGUUGCAAGAAUUAGAGGCACUUGAUGAGAAAAGGCUCGAGGCCUAA